AUGUCCAAACCCACGAUUAUCAUUGUUCCAGGCGCCUGGCAAAAGCCUUCAGCCUUCGUCAACAUAGUCAAGGUCUUGCAGGACGCAGGCUAUCCUACAGUUCACGUGCCUCUGCCCAGCGUUGGUGGCACUGUGCUGCCUCUGGCAGGGUUGUCAGACGAUAUUGAUGCUGUUCGCAAGGUGUUGGUACCCAUCGUCGAGGACGGAAAGGAGGUCGUGGUCAUUGGGCACUCGGCCGGAGGGAUCUCGAUGAGCGGUGCCGUGGAAGGGUACGAUGUCGGAAGCAGGAAGGCUGCUGGGAAGAAUGGAGGUGUAGCUCGAUGCAUCUUCCUGGCUGCGUUCGCUUUGCCAAAAGGUCAGAGCCUGCUAGGCAUGCUAGGAGGUCAGCCAUUGCCAUGGAUGGUGGUCGAGGGUGACCGUGUAACUGGGAAUCCCGAAAUGAUUCCCCAGGUGGCCCUCAACGAUCUUUCCCCGGAGGAGCAGACAAAGUGGGCAGCCGAAAUGACCCAUACCUCCGCAGCACUCUUUGGUGCUCCAGCGGUGUACGAGCCGUGGGCAAACGGCAUACCCUGCUCAUACGUCUUCCAUACUGAGGAUAAUGCUCUGCCUUUGCCAUACCAGCAAGGGAUGGCGCAACUACUUGGCACAGAUGCCAAGACAACAACACUCAAAGCUGGCCACUGCUCGUUCUUGAGUAUCCCAGACCAGUUUGUGAAGGCCAUAGAGACUAUGAUGUAA